AUGUUGAGACUUGCCAAAUCAACGAACCUCACACGUUCCUUCGCCACUUCCGCCAACCUCAUGAAGGCCUCUACGAGAAUUGAAACCGACGCCUUUGGCGAGAUCGAGGUGGACUCUUCCAAAUACUACGGUGCUCAGACCGCCAGAUCUAAGAAAAACUUUGACAUUGGUGGUGUUGCUGCCCGUAUGCCUGAGCCUGUUGUCAGAGCUUUCGGUGUGUUGAAGAAGUCCGCUGCCAUUGUCAACGAGUCCUACGGUACUUUGGACCCAAAGAUUGCCAAGGCUAUCCAGCAGGCUGCUACUGAGGUCGCCGAGGGUAAAUUGGAUGACCACUUCCCCUUGGUUGUGUUCCAGACUGGUUCCGGUACUCAGUCCAACAUGAACGCCAAUGAGGUUAUUUCUAACCGUGCCAUUGAGAUCUUGGGCGGUGAGUUGGGCUCCAAGAAGCCUGUUCACCCUAACGACCACUGUAACAUGUCGCAGUCGUCCAACGACACCUUCCCAACUGUGAUGCACAUUGCUGCUGUCACCGAGAUCUCCAAGCACUUGAUCCCUGAGUUGACCCACUUGCGUGACUCUUUGCAGAAGAAGUCCGACGAGUUCAAGGACAUCAUCAAGAUUGGUAGAACCCACUUGCAGGAUGCUACCCCAUUGACCUUGGGCCAGGAAUUCUCCGGUUACGCCCAGCAGCUCUCCAACGGUAUCGAGAGAGUUGAGGCCACUGUCCCAAGAUUGUCUCUUUUGGCUCAGGGUGGUACCGCUGUCGGUACUGGUUUGAACACCAAGAAGGGCUGGGACUCCAGAAUUGCUGAGGAGGUCACCAAGUUGACUGGCUUGCAGUUCAAGACCGCCCCUAACAAGUUCGAGGCUUUGGCUGCUCACGACGCCAUUGUUGAGGCUUCUGGUGCUUUGAACACCGUCGCUGUUUCCUUGUACAAGAUCGCCAAUGACAUCAGAUACUUGGGUUCCGGUCCAAGAUGUGGUUACGGCGAGUUGUCCUUGCCAGAGAACGAGCCAGGUUCGUCUAUUAUGCCUGGUAAGGUCAACCCUACCCAGAACGAGGCCUUGACCAUGGUCGCUGCCCAGGUUAUGGGUAACAACACUGCCAUCACCUUCGCCGGUGCUUCUGGUCAGUUCGAGUUGAACGUUUUCAAGCCAGUCAUGAUCUCCAACUUGUUGAGCUCCAUCAGGUUGAUCGCUGACGGCUGCAGAUCUUUCAGAACUAACUGUGUGGACGGUAUCUCUGCCAACACCGACAAGAUCGAGAAGGUGUUGCACGAAUCCUUGAUGUUGGUUACCGCCUUGAACCCUAAGAUCGGUUACGACUCUGCUUCCAAGGUUGCCAAGAACGCCCACAAGAAGGGCUUGACCUUGAAGGAGUCCUGUCUCGAGUUGGGCGUUUUGUCUUCCGAGGAGUUCGACCAGUGGGUCAGACCAGAGAAGAUGAUUGGUCCUAAGGACUAA